AUGGGGGAUUCAGAGGUGCAGAGGCUCAGGAGCACAGGACAGGUUUCCUCUUGUUCGGUUUCCUCUUGUUCGGUUUCCUCAGGUUCGGUUUCCUCUGGUUCGGUUUCCUCAGGUUCGGUUUCCUCUGGUUCGGUUUCCUCAGGUUCGGUUUCCUCAGGUUCGGUUUCCUCUGGUUCGGUUUCCUCAGGUUCGGUUUCCUCAGGUUCGGUUUCCUCUGGUUCGGUUUCCUCUGGUUCGGUUUCCUCUUGUUCGGUUUCCUCUGGUUCGGUUUCCUCUGGUUCGGUUUCCUCAGGUUCGGUUUCCUCUUGUUCGGUUUCCUCUUGUUCGGUUUCCUCUUGUUCGGUUUCCUCAGGUUCGGUUUCCUCUGGUUCGGUUUCCUCAGGUUCGGUUUCCUCUGGUUCGGUUUCCUCUGGUUCGGUUUCCUCUGGUUCGGUUUCCUCAGGUUCGGUUUCCUCUUGUUCGGUUUCCUCAGGUUCGGUUUCCUCAGGUUCGGUUUCCUCUUGUUCGGUUUCCUCUGGUUCGGUUUCCUCUUGUUCGGUUUCCUCUGGUUCGGUUUCCUCUGGUUCGGUUUCCUCAGGUUCGGUUUCCUCAGGUUCGGUUUCCUCUGGUUCGGUUUCCUCAGGUUCGGUUUCCUCAGGUUCGGUUUCCUCUGGUUCGGUUUCCUCUGGUUCGGUUUCCUCUGGUUCGGUUUCCUCUGGUUCGGUUUCCUCAGGUUCGGUUUCCUCUUGUUCGGUUUCCUCUGGUUCGGUUUCCUCUUGUUCGGUUUCCUCUUGUUCGGUUUCCUCAGGUUCGGUUUCCUCAGGUUCAGUUUCCUCAGGUUCAGUUUCCUCAGGUUCAGUUUCCUCUGGUUCAGUUUCCUCAGGUUCAGUUUCCUCUGGUUCAGCUUCAGUGUUUGGGGCCAAGUAUUAA